AUGGCCGAUUUGCUGGAGCUGCUCGCUCCUCACUUGAGUCCGACUCUAUCGACUGAUGAGACGACCGACAAAUACCUCAAUCGACUGUCGACUCUAUCACUCGAAGCCCUCCAGAACACCGAACCCCCAUCACUUGCGCAAUCCUCCCAUUCCACUCUCCUAUCCCUCCAGGCGUUAUCCAACCGCUCGCAUCGGGCCUUUGUCACUUCUGCCGACCAUUUAUCCAGCCUCUCUACAUCUGUUCCUCAAUUGACGCGCGAAGCGCAACAGCUUCGUGAUGCCAUCCCUAAGCUCGAUGAGGACGCCGUGGGGUUCUCCACCAAGUACAGCAAGAUCACAGACAACGCAGCUCUAGAACGACGAAAAAGGGCCAUGCAGCUAUCUCGCAAUGUCGAUCGACUUUCCGAUAUCUUAGAGCUACCAAGUCUGCUAUCUGCAGCUGUGUCCGCCGCUUCAGUCAACUCCGGUACCGGUGCCUCCUCUACAACAUACUCCUCCGCACUCGACCUGCAUGCACACAUUAAGCGACUACAAACACUGUACCCCGAAUCACCGUUGAUUCAAGGUGUGGCAUCCCAGGCAGAGGAUGCCAUGAAGGACAUGACAAGUAAUUUGAUCACGGGGCUUCGCGCUCAGAACCUACGGCUAGCAGCUGGUAUGCGAACUGUAGGCUGGCUGCGUCGAGUAGCCCCGGACCUGGAGAUGCUUCAGAGCGACGGAGCUGCGGGAACAGGAGAAGGUGCCCUGGGAGCUAUCUUCUUGGUCUGCAGAUUGGCGCAUCUGGUGUCGACCCUCGAAGCUUUAGACCCCCUUCGCGAACUCGCCGAUCAAGAAACUCAACGCCGCCUCGGUGGAAAGGAUAAGUCAGACACGACUUCGUGGUCUGGUGGCCAGCAAACCGAUCGCUAUCUGAAACGAUACAUUGAGAUCUUCCGAGAGCAGAGCUUCGCUAUUGUUUCAUUAUAUAAGAACAUUUUCGGCUCUGAGCAAUCCGACUCCGAUCUUGCCAGCUCAGGAUUAAGAGGCGCCGACGCUAAAGCCAAGUUAAAGCCUACCCACUCCAUCGAUCCUUUGCAACGUCUACCCCCCGCCCUUGCAACCUUCCCAAUGCAUCUUGUGCAAUUGCUCACAGAUACCAUGCGCACAUAUCUUCCUAAUGUCCGCGAUCGAAGCUCGAGAGAAAGUCUUCUCACGCAACUCUUGUACUGUGCUGCCAGUCUCGGUCGUCUUGGGGGUGACUUUGGCAUGAUUCUGACCGAGCUGAGCGGGGGUGACGAAGGAGAAGAAGAGGAGGAGGAAGAGGGCGUGACUCACGAGUGGGAGGAAGUCAUGCGCAAACAUCGAGCUUUAGCAGGUCGUCUGGAGCAAUUGACCAGUCGAGUCCCAGCACAUUAG